CUCACAGCACGUCAAUAUAGAAGAAUACAGUUCAUAAGCGCCCUCCGUGGAAUCAUUUACUUCCAUAAAUAAUCAAACUCUCGCUAGGCACAGGUGUCUCCUCGUUUUUCUUCAACACACUAUCCAUGAGUGAUCAAUUCGAUUUCGGGGCCAGGAUGGGCAUGAUCAUCAUGUGCGUGGCAUCCGCCGCAUCAGCGCUUGCCGUCGGUGGUCUGCUGCUGUACAUUGCGUAUAGCGCAGUCACCAUCAAGCGAAAUGCCUCGCGGCGGUGGUCCACUGACACGCAUAUACACUAUUAUUUUCUCAAUAUGAUGAUUUCUCACACUAUCUUAUCUAUUGGUGAAUUGCUCAACAUCAAGUGGAUUGUAGAAGCGAGGCUGUACCCCGGUACCGUUUGCACCAUUCAAGGUUUCUUGACUCAAUUGGGUAAUGUUGGAGUUGCUCUCAGUACAAUGGCCGUUGCUGUGCACGUGCUGCAAGUAUUGGUGCUACAGUGGAUAUCUCCACCAAAAUUUGCUCUCCUUGUACUGGCAAUAAUUUGGCUGCUCAUCCUUCUUCUGGUGGUCGUGCCGCCUAUCGUGGUUCAACACAAUAUUUACGGUGCUAGUGGCUAUUACAAGUGUUUAUGGUGCAAUUCUACCUUUGAUAACCUGAAUUCACACUGCCGUUCAGGGUGCUUCGUUGACGGAAGUAUCAUGACGCAGGUUGGCCUCAUUUAUAUAUGGUUGUGGGUGGCUGGGGUAGUAAACAUCAUCUCAUACCUGCUCCUUGCACUUGUUAUCACGCGACUAGUUCUUGUGGAUGGACACAGAUUUCGGUGGAGAAAGCAGGACACGAGAAUAAUUCCGUAUGAAAUAGACACGUCUGCAGAAAAUGUCAGAGCGAUUCGGAUGCUCUCUUACCCCACCUUGUACAUUGUACAGGUGUUACCUCAAUCAGUGGCUCGUUUCUUUCAAUUCAGCGGUCAUGACGUUCCGUUUGCAGCGAUAGCUUUCACAUCCACGCUGCUCGCAUUAUGCGGUCUGUUCAACAUGAUCUUGUAUGCUUUUACUCGUCCAAGGUUGAUGCCUGAUAGACCUUCGCACGCUCCACAGGCAGUGCAUGUUGCUACUGCCCGGGCGGCGUACAGUCGCUUUCCACAUGGCUACCCGGUGGAGGACGAUAGCUUUGCUACAGAAACUGGCCCGGUCCAUGUGCCGUAAGACGCCAGGUUUUCUUCAGUCUCCAAGAUCUGCAU